CAUCUCUUCUUCCUUUCUUCCAAAGCACCAUCACCCGUUCCAUCCAUCUCAAUCUUGAUCAAGAAGCAGUACAAAAGAGUUCUUUCAUCUAGCCUUCUUUAUCUACACACAAUGGCACCAGUUGCGAUGAGCCCCGAACCCGCGGCGUUCAACACCAAGCGCGAUGGACAGGCACUCGAAGACCUGUCCGACGCUAUCGACACGGUCAACGUCCUCAAGGACGAGAUGAAAAAAGAACGCGGAUUGUAUGAAGAAUCAGAGUUCGACAAGAACAAGGACAAGUCUCAAUUCCGGCAGUACGAGGAUGCUUGCGACCGCGUGAAGAACUUCUAUCGCGAACAACACACAAAGCAGACAGUUGCCUAUAACCUCAAGGCUCGCAAUGACUUCCACUCCAAGACCCGCGCUGAGAUGACCAUCUGGGAGGCCAUGGAGAAGCUGAACACUCUCAUUGACGAGUCUGAUCCGGACACCAGCCUCUCGCAGAUCGACCAUCUGCUACAGUCAGCCGAGGCCAUCCGUCGCGAUGGAAAGCCCAGAUGGAUGCAGCUGACCGGUCUCAUCCACGACCUUGGCAAGCUCCUCUAUUUCUUCGACGCUCAGGGACAGUGGGAUGUUGUCGGAGACACCUUCCCAGUGGGCUGCGCAUUCGACGACCGCAUUAUCUACGGAAAAGAGUCUUUCAAAGAGAACCCCGACUACGACCAUGAGAUAUAUGGCACCAAGUACGGAAUUUACAACCCUGGCUGCGGUCUUGACAACAUCAUGCUCUCCUGGGGUCACGAUGAGUACCUCUACCACGUGGUCAAGGACCAGUCCAGCCUCCCUGAUGAAGCCCUUGCCAUGAUCCGUUACCACUCCUUCUACCCCUGGCACCAGGCUGGCGCCUACCAUGAGUUCAUGAACGAGAAGGACCAGAAGAUGCUCCAAGCCGUUAAGGCCUUCAACCCCUACGAUCUAUACAGCAAGAGCGACGAUGUCCCGUCAGUCGAAGAAUUGAAGCCCUACUACCUCGACCUCAUCGACGAGUUCUUCCCAAAGAAGGUGAUCAAGUGGUAGACAUCUGUCGUCUUGCAUCUUGAAAAAAAUGUUCAUCUCAUUUGGAUUUCGGCGUUCCGUUUUCAUUCUUUCAUACACCUUCUCCCUCAUUUGACGAAAGCGAUGG